AUGCAGCUUCUCAAGUCUUCCGCUAUCUUAGCGCUCGCCAUUCUUUCCGCAAACGCACUUCCAGCCGCCGACCGCGCCGCCGCCGAACAGCGCGGUCUACUAGACGACAUCCAAAUCACCGACGACCUCAUCAUCUUCGACUCGCCCGCCUUCCCCGACCCGAACAACCCCGGGAACACACUCGUUCAGCUACAAUCCUUCGCGUCGCUCCGCCAGAUUGACCUCGGGGUUGUCAGCAGCGCCGUCAGCGCGUUCCUGGGUACAUUGGGCGUCGACGUCGGCGACAGUCUCAAUACGCUUCAGGAGAGGAUCCGCCUGCUUGGUGCGAUUGGCUUACCAGGCAAGUCAGCGACAAUCAGCGUAUCCGGAUGCGUGAACGAGGUGGAGACGGGCGAGACGUCGGGUCUGCCCAACUUGGGAAUGUCGAUCGCCACGGCGUCGUUGGGCGAUUGUGGGAGCGCGACGGAGCUCACGGGCACGGCGUCGCUGACGUUCUUGGAUAAUAGAAAGAUAUCGGGCUCGAUUUUCGCGUCGCCGGAUUCGGGCUUCGGUGUUAUAUCUGAUAUUGACGACACUGUAAAAAUCUCUAACGUCCUUGACACGCUCGAGCUGAUCAAGUCCACGCUCCUGGACGAGCCCAAGGCGGUCCCCGGCAUGCCCGAGCUUUACACCUCGCUUGCGGCUUCGCUCAACAAGCCCCAGUUCGUGUACAUCACCGGCUCGCCGUUCCAAUUGUUCCCCUUCUUGAACGAUUUCCUUGACUCGGCGUAUUCGACGGCCAAGGGCCCUAUCUUCACCCAGAACCUGACGGUCAUUGACCCGGUGCAAGCCAUUCAGUUUAUUACCAACUCCAACACCCAGGCGUAUAAGGUCUCGCAGAUUGAUCGUCUGCAAGCUAUGUACCCCAACAAGAAGUGGUUGGCGAUUGGUGACUCGACGCAGAAGGAUCCUGAGGUUUAUGCCGAGGCAUUCAACAAAGGCGUGGCCAUUUCUUGCGCCUGGAUCCGCCAGGUCGAAGGCGCCGAUAACUCUGCCGAGCGCUUUGCUACGGCCUUUGCAGGGGUUCCUCCUGACAAGUUCAGAGUGUUCACCGACGCUGAGAUCCCCGCUCUCGCUAACAUCGAGGUCGCUGGUGGGGAGUGCUAG